CACGGCGCCAGCGGCCUCGGCGCGGUCGCCUGCGGGCUGCAGCGCUGAGCCGGGCUCUCCGGCCCCGGCGCGCCGAGCACUCGCGUGGGAGUUUGUGCGAGCGCGAGUGAGCGCCGCCCGGGGCGGGGCCUGCACGGAGGAGGCGCUGGGACCAUGGUCACCCUCAGCUGAGUUUCCGGCGGCGACUUUGAUUAUUGGCAAAUAAUCAUAACAAUACCGAGCCCUGGGGCUUGCCACCGCCACGCACAGACUCCGCGAGCCGGCACGCGGCCGCGUCACCCACCAUCCGGCCCCGAUCGCCAGCCCCUAACGAGCUGAUGGAAAAAUCCAAAAAUUUCCGCAUCGACGCGCUGCUGGCCGUGGACCCCCCGCGAGCGGCCUCGGCGCAGACCGCGCCGCUGGCCCUGGUCACGUCGCUCGCUGCCGCCGCAGCUGGCCCGGGUGGCGGUGGCAGCGGCGGGGCGGCGAGCGGCGCGGCGAGCGGCAGCUGCAGCCCCGCUUCCUCAGAGCCACCCGCGGCGCCCGCCGACCGCCUGCGCGCCAAGAGCCCUUCGCCGCCGCGCCUCCUGGCCGCGCACUGCGCCCUGCUGCCCAAACCCGGCUUCCUGGGCGCGGGCGGCGCGGGCAGCGGGGCGGGCGGCGCCGGUGGCGGGCCCGGGGGGCCCCACCACCACGCGCACCCCGGCGCCGCCGCCGCUGCAGCGGCCGCUGCCGCCGCCGCCGCCGCGGGGGGCCUGGCGCUGGGGCUGCACCCGGGGGGCGCGCAGGGCGGCGCGGGACUCCCAGCGCAGGCGGCGCUCUACGGCCACCCAGUCUACGGCUACUCGGCGGCGGCGGCGGCCGCCGCGCUGGCGGGGCAGCACCCGGCGCUCGCCUACUCGUACCCGCAGGUGCAGGGCGCACACCCCGCGCACCCCGCCGACCCCAUCAAGCUGGGCGCCGGCACCUUCCAGCUGGACCAGUGGUUGCGUGCGUCCACCGCGGGCAUGGUCCUGCCCAAGAUGCCCGACUUCAACUCCCAGGCGCAGUCCAACCUCCUGGGGAAGUGUCGCCGGCCCCGCACCGCCUUCACCAGCCAGCAGCUGCUCGAGCUGGAGCACCAGUUCAAGCUCAACAAGUACCUGUCUCGGCCCAAGCGCUUUGAGGUGGCCACCUCGCUAAUGCUCACAGAGACCCAGGUGAAGAUCUGGUUCCAGAACCGACGGAUGAAGUGGAAGCGCAGCAAGAAGGCCAAAGAGCAGGCGGCGCAGGAGGCCGAGAAGCAGAAGGGCGGCGGGGGCGCCGGCAAAGGCGGCGGCGCCGAGGACCCCGGGGAUGAGGAGCUGCUGGGGCCGCCGGCGCCCGGGGACAAGGGCAGCGGCCGCCGCCUGAGGGACUUGAGGGACAGUGACCCGGAGGAGGAGGACGACGACGACGACGACGAGGACCCCUUCCCGUACAGCAACGGCGCCAGCACGCACGCCGCGUCCGACGGCUCCUCCGGGGCCGACUCGCCGCUCCCUCGGCCUGGCCACCAGCCUCCGCCCCAGUAGGGGCCUGGCGGCCCGUGCGCUGUCGGCGAGGGUGCGCCCUGGCCUCUCUCGUGCCCCCCAGGCUCGCCGAGCAGAGGCGGCCCAGGCCGGCGGGUGCCCUUUCGGGCCACAGCACCUGUCUGCUCCUCAAGGGCGGAAGCCCGGCAGGUUCAAACUUGACCGCUUUAAUUUCAUUUGGUUUGCGUUGGGGGAGGUGUUUCGGAGAAGAACCAAUCUCUGGAAGCCUUCCUGCUCCCCUCUGCCCAAAGGAGAAGGCCCCCCGAAACCUGCGGUGGUAAACCCUC